AUGGAUCAUCGAGAGUGGGACGAAAAUCAUCAGGUGGUCGACUCACCAUUUCACUUGCCAGGGGAUCUCUCCCCACAGGGCGAUGACGCACCAGUACUUGUCGCUGAGAGCGAACCGGAAGAGGAUUCAAGCAUGGACCUGAAGGAGGAGCUCGAACGAAAACCUGUUGAAUCAAUCGCAGAUGUGACUCCUAUAGAGGACGAUGAGCCUGUUGAGUCCCCGGUACCUAUCUCUUACUACUUCGGUUCUAGAAUACCACGAGAUCGGAAGCAUGCACAUAGGUCUAUCUCGACUUGUGGCGGUGUCAAGAAAAACCCUUGA